CACCGUGAGUGGUCGACCAAGUGUUAUAUUGAGCUCUCCUUGUUUUCCACUCUUGAACAGACGCAGACUCCAAACACUCUUUUAUUUCUUUCUCGUCUUCCACUAAUUACUCGCGCAGAGUUUACACAAGUGUAGUCUGUGAUCCAGAGAGAGAGAGAGAGAGAGAGAAGAAGACUGUGGAGAGUGUGGGGAGAACUGUUCUGCUUCCUCAUUAAUUUACACUCUCAGCUAGGAAACGUGAGAACCGCAUUUCUCUGUUUCACGAGGGGACUCGCUCACUGCAACAAACCACUGUGUGUCAAUCCAUCAACCGUCUAUAACUCAAAAUACAUUCUCUUACCUACAUUCAAUUUCAUAACUAAUUCCUGCUACCGCACUUUCCACCUCCCACUUAUGGACCUCAGUAAGGUAACUCUAGAGAUCUUCACCAAACUGGAGCAGAAAUGGCUUUCGCACUGUGAGAUAACAAAAAAGACGCGAGUUCUCAGCAUCGACGGCGGUGGAACCACCGGCAUUGUUGCUGGAGCUGCUCUCCUCCACCUCGAGGACCAGAUCCGUCUCAAGACCGGCGAUCCCCACGCUCGAAUCGCAGAUUUCUUCGAUAUUGUCGCCGGUACUGGGAUCGGCGCUAUCCUCGCGGCUAUGCUUGUUGCCGACGAUGGCUCUGGCCGUCCGCUCUUCACUGCCAGGGAAGCUGUAAACCUUGUAUCCGAGAAGAACGAGGAGCUGUUCAAGGUCAGAUUCUCCGGCGUUAUUCGCCGGAGGCGUAGGUUUUCUGGUAGCAGUAUGGAUAAGGUGUUGAAGGACGCGUUCAAGAGAGAGGACGGUAAGGUGUUGACCUUGAAGGACACGUGUAAGCCUCUCCUUGUUCCUUGCUUUGACCUCAAGAGUUCUGCUCCCUUCGUUUUCUCCCGCGCCGACGCGUCGGAGUCACCUAGUUUCGAUUUUGAGCUUUGGAAAGUGUGCCGUGCCACGUCAGCCACGCCAAGCCUCUUCAAGCCCUUUGCCCUGACCUCCGUCGACGGUAAAACCUCUUGCUCGGCCGUCGACGGCGGCCUCGUCAUGAACAACCCGACGGCGGCGGCAGUUACGCACGUACUGCACAACAAGCGAGAUUUUCCGUCGGUUAAUGGCGUGGAAGAUCUUCUGGUUCUCUCUCUAGGUAACGGCCCGUCGAGCGGAUCAUCCGGAGGGCGGAAGCUCCGUCACGACGGUGAGUGCUCCACAUCUUCGGUCGUUGACAUUGUGCUUGACGGAGUGUCCGAAACCAUAGACCAAAUGUUGGGAAACGCAUUUUGCUGGAACCGCACUGACUACGUGAGAAUUCAGGCUAACGGAUUGAUGAACGAUGGAGAAGUGUGGCCGAGAAUUGAGGAGGAGGAGGAGGUUUUGAAGGAAAGAGGAGUCGAGUCGUUACCGUUUGGCGGGAAGCGGUUGUUGACGGAGACUAACGGGCAGAGAAUCGAGAGCUUCGUGGAUCGCCUCGUAGCGUCGGGAAAGUCUAGUCUCCCUCCAAGUCCCUGCAAGGAGUCCGCCGUUAGCCCCCUCGCUAACGGACGUUAGCUGCUGCUACUUUUUUUUUUUUUUUUUUUUUUUUUUAUACCAUCUUCGUCUUCUCCUUUUCUUUUUUUUUUUUUUUACUUUUUUUUUUACUUUUUACUCCUUAACCCUCUGUAAGUUGUAUAACCAACCUCGGGUUUACUUUUUACUCCGGCUGGUUAAAAUAGCAGCAAGCCCCCCCCUCCUUAUAAUAACAUGUUUAGUUGUCAAUUAAUCA